UGAUUGAUCAAAACCGAGGGUUUCCUAUUUUCCAUUCUCCCUCCACCACCCACAUCUCUUUCUCUCUCCUUCAUUUUCUCUCUCUUUCCCUUACCUUACUUUCUCUCCCCUCCAUUCUUUAUCCCUUUCUCUCUCUAACAUUUUCUCUCUCUUCACGGAGAAAAAUCUACGGUGACGUCAAGGUGUAGGGAUAUCGGUAGGGGUUGGUAGAGAUCUGGUAGGGAUUCCCAAGAUGAGCUUCGAUCCAGUUUCUUCUAACUCUCAUCACAAUCUUGAUGAGCAGAUCGCUCAGCUUAUGCAGUGCAAACCUCUUUCCGAACAAGAGGUUAGGGGAUUAUGCGAUAAGGCCAAGGAAGUAUUGAUGGAUGAAAGCAAUGUUCAGCCAGUGAAAAGUCCUGUGACAAUUUGUGGUGACAUCCACGGGCAGUUUCACGACCUUGCAGAGCUUUUUCGCAUUGGAGGGAAGUGUCCAGAUACAAAUUACUUGUUCAUGGGUGAUUAUGUUGACAGAGGAUAUUACUCGGUGGAAACGGUAACGCUCCUAGUUGCGCUUAAAGUUCGCUAUCCGCAAAGGAUAACAAUCCUUAGAGGGAAUCACGAAAGUCGUCAGAUUACUCAAGUGUAUGGGUUCUAUGAUGAAUGCCUACGGAAGUAUGGAAAUGCCAAUGUCUGGAAGACCUUCACAGAUUUGUUUGAUUAUUUUCCGUUGACUGCCUUGGUUGAAUCCGAAAUAUUUUGCUUGCAUGGUGGACUGUCACCUUCCAUUGAAACACUUGAUAAUAUACGAAAUUUCGACCGUGUCCAAGAAGUGCCUCAUGAGGGACCUAUGUGUGAUCUCUUGUGGUCCGACCCUGAUGACCGUUGUGGUUGGGGUAUAUCACCCAGGGGAGCUGGAUACACUUUUGGCCAAGACAUUUCUGACCAAUUUAACCAUACCAAUAACCUAAAGCUGAUUGCCAGAGCUCAUCAACUGGUGAUGGAGGGAUUCAACUGGGCUCAUGACCAAAAAGUGGUAACCAUUUUUAGUGCACCUAACUACUGUUAUCGGUGUGGAAAUAUGGCAUCCAUCCUGGAAGUUGAUGACUGCAAAGGUCACACAUUUAUUCAGUUUGAACCGGCUCCAAGAAGAGGAGAACCUGACGUCACCCGGAGGACACCUGAUUAUUUCCUGUGAGUUGAAGUUGCCAAUGACGAGAUGGUUUCUGGUGGUGAAAAGCCUCCUACCUGAUCCUAUGUUAUUGAGCAAUAUUUCACGGAUUAGGUUGGUUAAUUCUCCUGUGGCGAUGAAUGGAUUGUUUUGUCACAUUUGAUACAGCAGAUAGUCUUCUUUUCAGUUGAUGCUUCUUGAUUACGGUAAAUUUCGCGAAUGAAGAAGCUUAUGGAGCUUGUAGGAGGAUAUGUACCGAUUUCCAGCAAAACUUUGUGGUAUCUUUUACGCCAAAUUUUCUUUGCUUUUUCGGUCCUUUUUGGCCUUUUUAAAAAAGUUAUGUUAAUUUUUUUGUUUAUUCAAUGUAGAAGAAUGGUUGUUUGUGGGGAGGGUUAUGUAGAGAAACAAAUAGUUGAUUUCCUAUUUCGAUGGGUGCUUUAUAUUAUUAUA